AUGUUUUUCCUACUGGAAACAAAAGCUGCUAGUUAUGCCUUGUUCCGUAUUUUGGAUGAAAGUAAAAUUGGCAGUGUGCAAUCAAUCAAUGAAUUGUUUGAUUCUAAUAAUCAAUCACUUUCGGAAUAUAUUAAAUUAGUAUCGUUGGAAAGCUUUCAAAAUUUAUCCGAAACUAAUGCUGAAUUAAAAUUGGAAAAGUUGGCCAAGUUAUUGCAUCAAUUGACUGAUCAAAGUUUAUUGAUGGUUUGUGAUGAAAAACUUGGAGCUACCAUCAAGAGUGAAUUUGAUAUUGAAUGCAUCUGUGAUGAGAUAGCAAUUGCCUUGACGAAAUUAAUUCGUUCUAGAUUUGAACACUUGUUGAGAGAUGCAAAUAUUGAUGAUUUGGAAGAAACUCUUUCUAAUAAUCAAGCAAAAAUAGAAAAAACUGAUACAAUGAUUGUCCAAUCUGUUUCAUUAUUGGAUGAGCUUGAAAAGGAAGUGAAUACGUAUGUAAUGAGAGUUAAGGAAUGGUAUGGUUGGCAUUUUCCUGAAUUGGCAAAGAUUUUAUCUGAUGAUUCUCUUUAUAUAGAGACUGUUUUAUGUCUUCAAAAUAGAAGCAAUGCCCAAAAUGCUCCAUUGACCAAUUUUUUAACACAAGCUUUGGCUUUACAAGUUAGAGAAGGAGCCAGUUUUUCAAUGGGUGGUGAUAUUUCUGAUGAAGAUAUGCUUCAAAUUACUAAAUUGGCUGAGCAAGUUAAAAGUGUGAGUGAAUACAGAUCUUCCCUCUUGGAUUAUGUAAAGAAAAGAAUGCAAACCAUAGCACCAAAUUUGACUAAUCUAGUUGGUGAAAUAGUUGGUGCUCGUUUAAUUGCUAAAUCUGGUGGUUUGGUGAGUUUGGCUAAACAAACAUCAGCUUUGAAUAGUAAUAGCAACAUUUCUGAACGUGCUCUAUUAAGAGCAUUAUCAAAAAAACAAAACACUCCAAAAUAUGGUUUAUUAUAUUAUCGCGAUACACAAAAAAAGCGUGCUGAAUUGGAAAGCGUAGCCAAGGAUUCGACUCAAAAGAGAAUUCAUCAAGUUUUGCCAGCUGAUUUAUUGCUUGAGAUAUUUGUAAUACUAUUCGAUAGUUUAAACGAUGAUUGGCAAUUCACAACUUUACAAAAUUGUUCACUAGUUUGCAAGGAAUGGAAUGAUUUGUUGAAUUGGAGAAAUUAUUCACAUGACAGCAAUUUGUGGAAAUUACUUUUGAGAAAUAAUUCUAUUACAUUGGAUCAAGAGGAAACUACAGAUGUUAGAAAGGAAUUAUGUAAAUAUUGGAUUCCAAGAGGAGAAUUGACUGAAAUUAGUCCAAAUAUUGAAUUUAGUUAUUUUGAUUUUGGAAAUUAUCAAACUUUUGGAGAAAUUCAUGCUUUCAAAAUGAAAAAGUCAUUUGGAUUUGGAAUUUUAAAACGAAUUAUUAAGCAAGAUGAAGAGAUUCAUGGAUUAUUCAAAGAAUUCAUGACCAAUGCCAAUCCAGAGCUUUAUUUCCAAGAUAUUUCCUUAAAUUCAGAUCUAGUAGACAAGUACGAAUCAUCUAUGGAUGAUGCCAGAGAGGAAUAUAAUGGAGGAAGAACCUUUGAGGAAGAAAAGAAGGAUUUGGAAUCUGAUUGUUUAUUCUCGCAAUUAACUGAACACAUCAGAGGAGAAAAGGUAGAGCUAUCGGAUUUGAAUCAUUUAAGAGAAUUCAUUAAGGAGGAAUGUCCUAUUGUGGCUGAAUAUAAGGAUUGUAUUAUUGGUGGUGUAUUCUCAAUGGCUUUUCUAUUAAUUACGAAACAUGAACGAUGCGUUUAUUUCGAAUAUUGUGCUGAGGUGUAG